UCUCUUGCAGAUCCCGUGGCUGCAUGAAGUUGAACAUGGCUGAAGAAGAAGAAGAAGAAGAUUACAUGUCUGACGCCUUCGUGAACAUCAAAGAGGACGUCAAGCCAGGCUUGCCAAUGCUCAGGCAGAUCCGGGAGGCCCGUCGGAAAGAAGAAAAGCAGCAGGAAGCCAACCUGAAAAACAGGCAGAAGAGCCUCAAACAGGAGGAGCAAGAGAGACGAGACAUCGGGCUGAAAAAUGCCCUGGGCAGUGAAAACAAGGGGUUUGCUUUGCUGCAGAAGAUGGGCUACAAGAGCGGGCAGGCCCUGGGCAAAAGCGGUGGCGGCAUCGUUGAGCCCAUCCCGCUCCAUGUCAAAACUGGAAAGAGUGGCAUCGGCCACGAGACGCUGCUGAAGCGGAAAGCGGAGGAAAGGCUGGAGAGAUACCAGAAGAAGGUCCACCUGGAAAAGCAGGCGUCCGAGCAGGCAGCCGAGCAGUUCCGGUUGCGCCUGAGGACAAAGCAAGAUGAGAUGAAGCUGGAAGGGGACCUUCGGAGGAGCCGGCGGGCCUGCCAGCAGCUGGAUGCGCAGAAGCAAAUCCAGGUUCCCAGGGAGCCAUGGUACUGGCUGAGCCUGGAAGAGGAGACUGGAAAGGAGGAGGAGGAGGAGGAGGAUGAAGCAGAUGAAGAUGAAGUGCAGAGUGAUGAGCUAAGUGUCCCGGAAAAAUUGCGAAUACUGACGAGUUACUUGAGAGGAGAACAUCUAUACUGCAUCUGGUGCGGAACAGCCUACGAAGAUGAAGGAGAUCUGUCUGCUCACUGCCCAGGGCCAACCGCUGCCGACCAUGAUGACUGAGACGAAUCUUACUCAAGGGAAAAAGGAAAGAAAGCGGGGCAGGCCUUGUUCCCUUAAGAUGCACCCCGUUCAACUCCCCGACUUCUGGUGCCAGCCUGGCACACCUUGUCUAUUGGUUGUUUUUGUAAUUUGGGGGCUUUGUACUUGGGACUGUAAAUGUUGCUCGCUGA